AUGCUUAAGUCAUUGUUCUCGAAUAUCUAUGAAACCGCCGAAGAAGGAACUUCAAACCCACCUGUGCGCUUCCUCACGCGCUACGACAAGUCUGCAACAAAUAUCAAAGACUCUCAGUUGUGGAUUGGUAUCGGUCAAGUCCCCUGGGCUACUGCUUACUCUAAAUGGUACCACCAGUACAUUGCGUACCCAAUUCAGGCUUUGACUGCUGCUAUCUUGUUGGAUGACUAG